GAAGUGUAAUCAAGUGGCAUGCCGGCAACGUUCCGCAGCGUUGUCCUCGCGCGACCUGCGACUGCAUCCAAGGUCUUUGAGUUUCAGUUUGGCGUCUAUGAAGAUGUACGCUCGGCCUUCCGCGCCUGCGACGAGCUCGUUGAGUUUGACGCCAACGAUGGCAUCUACGACUGCGACGCAUCAUUUCCCAACGCAUUUGCACCCACCGUUGCUGCAUGGCCUCAACCUCUCGGAGAUUUUCUCCCGUCAGCGCUUGCUCUACGCGACCAAGCACGAGACGACCGUCUGCCUCUGCACAUUGCUGUUGCCGAAGGGUUUCUUGACCUCGCUCAGCGAAUGGUACGCUGCCGGCCGGACCUCGCCUCUGAAGACGCGAUUCUCUUGGCGAUUCUGCAAGAUCGUCUCGAAAUGGCAGACGUUCUACUGGAGUUGCGUGCGACUGUGCUGGAGCUGCGUCAAAGCGUCAACUUGACGAAGGAUGCUGACGGGCGUCUCUCUAGCCUCCCAGCAUGCUUUUUACCAGACAUUUUAGCUCGAGACGACACGAGAGGCGUCGAGGCUGCCAUCAAGUACGCGACGUGCGAGAACUUGACGCUUGCACUUGACCUCUUUCCAUGGUUUGUCUACCCCAGUCUCUUGGACGGCAUUGCAGGUCGAGGCUUCUUGUCACUCGUACGCUCGCUGCACGAACGCGGUCUUGAGUGCUCGACAAAUGCCAUGGACGACGCCGCAUCCAACGGUCAUUUGGAGGUCGUUCGCUUUCUCCAUUUCAACCGAACAGAAGGCUGCACGGUCGAUGCACUCGAUGGCGCCAUUCUUAAUGGCCACCUUGACGUUAUCCGCUUCCUCCUCGAACACCGAACCGAAGGCGCAUCGCCCAACGUCCUCGACGCGGCGGCUGCCAACGGUCACCUUGUUGUCGUUCAGUACCUCCAUUCUCUCGGGUCGUAUGAUUGUACUGUUGACGCCGUCAACAAGGCCGCAUCCGCUGGUCAUCUAGAGGUCGUCCAAUUUCUUUUGACCAACCGAAAUGAAGGCUGCAGUCGCGACAAGGUCGUUGAAAAGGCACUUGCCAACGGUCAUUUACGGACGGCAGAAUACCUCCUCUCGCUCGGGUACCCAUUUCCGACGACAGAGAUUUGUUUGGAAGCUCAGGCCUUUCGCAAGCCCGCGAUGACGCCGUGGGAGACUUACGCCAUGGAAAAAGCCUGCGCGGCCAACAAUUUGCCCCUCGUUCGCUUCCUUCAUGCACACGCAGCCACUUGCUGUCGCCCCGACGCACUUGUCGAGGCCUUUGCAAACGAAGCGAUGGACGUCGUGCGCUUUCUCUUGGCCCACUGCGCAGCUGACGUCUCGGUCGAUGCGCUAGAAUCGGCGCUCAGAGGCGGUCACCUCGCCAUCGCGACGCAACUGCUGCAGCGCCACCCCGAGCUCCGCGACGAUGACCUCCUUGCAGUGGCAUCUAGUAGCCACCUCACCGAGGCAACUCGAUUUCUUCUCGCGGCCGGCAUUGGCAAGCCGCGCGAGUGCCUCGUCAAAAUAGCGGGGUAUCGCAACCACGUGAGUGAGAGCAAGCUUUUGCUGUCGUACUGCAUGGACCCAAUCGACCACCUGGACAACAUCAAAUUUCUUUUGGACCUGCUCGCGCUGCCCAGCCGACGCCACUACCUCCUCUCGCUUGGAUGCCCGUUUCCGACGUCGACGAUUGCGCUCAGCGAAGACGCCUUGCGCAAGCCCGAGAUGAUUGCGAUCCUCGAGCUUCUCGUCGCCCAUGACACGCCCUGGAGCGCCGACUAA